AUGGCUUCGACAACUGACCAGACUGGGUCUGAACAUCAAGUACCCUCAAACAAGAAAAUGAAGACACAAGCCAAAAGAAAGACUCGAAAGCGAGCAGAUAGUGCUCAGAAGUAUUCUACCCCAAAAUGGGAGGGAAAUAAUAAACAUACUGGAUUUGUCAAUCAGAAUGAAAUGUCCCAUGUGGCACUAUAUGACAUCAACGAAGGCGUCAUUGUGGAUGAAAACGGGUACUAUUGGCAUAUGGGAUAUACUGGGUACGGCUUCCAAGAUGGAGAGGAAGUCGCCAGCGGCUGCCCCGGGCCAUGUUGCUGUGCCGACUGCCAGAAAUACUAUGGAUUCUACCCGGCUAAUCCGGAACCUUGUUAUGCAUGUUGGCCGCAUGAAUUCUACGCUCCCGUGUUCAACAACAAUGCGUUUAUGGUUCCGGUAACAGCUAUUGGAGGAUCACGUCUUCGCGCUGAAGCACCUGAAUUUGUUCCUGCAUAUCAAUCUUUUUCGUCAGGCGAUAGUGAAGUUGCAAUUCAAGUCGAUACACUGGGCCGGACGGACGAUACUGCUGCUGCAGAGAGAAUGACCGAGGAACCGACGCUGAGACGCAACAUCACCAUUUAA